GGUUUUCGCACAUGUUGGAGAUGAAUUGAAUGGUCUCUCUCUCUUCGCGUUUCUGAACUCGUUGCGGUAGCGCACGCCUUUUGACACAGGCAUGGGUUUUCAAAAUAUUUGGUACUCGCAUCCGCGAAAGUACGGUCAAGGAUCCAGGUCCUGCCGUGCCUGUGCAAAUAGACACGGGCUCAUCCGUAAGUACGGUCUAAACAUCUGCCGGCAGUGUUUCAGAGAAUACGCAGCCGACAUUGGUUUCAAAAAGCUGGAUUAAGUAGCACGGAAGUAGUUUAAACUAUUUAUUGAUCCACCAUGCUAAUGUCUGAACUUACAUUGAUUCUUUUUAUUGGCCGUGAUGUCGUUGUGGGAUUAAAUUGAUAAUUAAAGUUAUCGUAACAUCUGUACACUCACAAGUAAAUUCUUAAUGAAAUAAACAUGUAUACAUAAACCCAUA